UAUUGGCAAUUCUUGAUACAUUAAUUUGUAUUCUUUACAUUAUGCUAUUUGGAAUUGAUGCAGCAAUUGUUUAUCUUAAAGCUUCAAAUUUAUUUAUAUUAUAUCAUAUUUACAUUGUACCAGCAUUUGUUAUAAGCAGAAUAACACAACUAGCUAUUCCAUAUAUGCUAAUUUUAACGACAUUGGAACGUUUUGUAUGGAUAUCAGGCCAAAAAACUACGAAAUUUUUAAAACGAAUGUUCAGUGAUCGAGGUCAUCAAAUUACCAUCUUUCUUCUGCUACUUUGUUGUAUCAUUUCACGUCUACCAACAGCAUUUGCUAUCGUAGUACGUCAUUUUCCGAAUUGUGAUGAUUUUUUGCGGACACAAAGUACUGGACCAGCUGAUUGGGUACAUGAAAGUAAAGUUUAUUACUUCUUCGAUUUCCAUCUGUUAUCAGUUGCUCAAACAUUUAUUCCAUUUAUCAUCCUUGUUGUGUUUAAUUUUAUUAUUAUUCGAAAAUUACCAAAACAAAGUUCGGAUGAACAAAGGAAUAGCAUAAAAGAAAUAAAUCAGGAAAAUGGACACUAUUUAUUAAAUCAGAAUUUUACCUCAAGUCAUCAACAAUUCCAACAAGAGCAAAAUCACGUUUCCAUUUCAAAUGCUUUAUUUGAAUUUGGUCAAUCUAGUCGUAAAGCUUCAACACUCGAAUAUAAAUCGAAAUCACCAAGUAUCAUAUUGAGUUCAAAGUUCAAAAAAUGUGGUGAUUUUUUAUACGAAAGGAAAAGUGAAAUAUCCAUUAUGAUGACCAAACCAUUACUUAAGAUGUCCACUCCGGUUCGUGAUGCUGUUUGUACGAUGUUUGCCAUUGUUACUAGUUAUCUGAUAAGUAACAGUCUUCAUCUGAUACUAACAAUCUUAGAAAGAUCUCAAAUUUCAAUACUUCGUGAUCCGGAUGACCCAAUGAUGGCAAGUACAUUCCAUACUGUUUUUUCGGAUACAGUCAGUUUUGUUUAUAUGUUUACAAGCGCAAUUCGUAUAAUCAUUUACAUGUAUAAUCCGGCGAUACGUUCACAUCUGAAAGAUUUUCUACCUUGCAAUUAUCAAUAUCGGAAAAAAAAAUCAUCAUCAACUAUUUCUGUAUCGAUUUAA